AUGAGUGCAGAGUUUUUAUGGAAGAUAAAAAAUCGGUGGGCACGACGUAUACGUCUUGGCGUAAUCGCAUCAACAGUGGUGUCAGUUCCGUCUAUAUAUUUGUUAGUCAAUGGACCAUAUCUGAAAGAAUACUUCGAAAAGCGAUACGAUGUCACCAAUAUGCUACCUAAUCAUCUGCAACAAAUUAUUGAUUCAGAAUAUGAAAAUUUUUUGAUGUCAGAUAAUCGAGUACGAAAAAAAAAACGGGUCACUUUUUAUUGUUCAACCUCGGAAAUGUAUUUGGAUUCAGUAGCACACGGAGCCCUGAACAGCCCCUGGGGUGCUCGAAUAGCUCUACCAUUUUAUGCACAAUUUCAAGCGUUCAACGAAGCUUAUGAUUACUGUAAGAAGAAACUGGAACCGAUGUUGUUCAUGGGUGAGCAAGCAUGUGUUAUUUGGGAAUCAGCCGUUGGUCGACAGAUAAUUGAAACUUUCAUUCUCAGCGAAGAUGCUUUAAGAUUCUUGAUACGACGUGAUUUGACGGCACAUGAAGCUAUAAAAAGAACAGCUUUAUUUGCAUUUUACUGGUUCUGUUAUACGAGUAUUGCUUUUAUGCUAGCUCAAAUCAUAGUACAUUAUUAUUUCACCAGCAAUGUGCUGUGGUUCUGUGGAUUGUCCUUGGCUUUGAAUACACCGGCAUGCUGGGGCAGUGUACAGAAUGCUAAACUUGACUGGCAUGCCACGGACCAAUCGGCUGAUGCCGAUGCUGCUCGUGCUUCGUUGGUACAUGGCAGAGGUGGUAAAGAGUAUUAUCAAAAAAUGUUGAAGAGAAACCGACUGUUACGAGAAAUAAUCCGUGAUGGUGCAAAGAAAGUAUCAGCUGCAGGUAAUCCAAAGAAUUCUAAUACAUCAUACUGGUCACGAUAUACAAUGCUGGUAGAUUUGGAUGCGGAAAAUAAAUUAUUGGAUAAAAUAAGUUCUGCUGGUGAUUCGUGA